UCCACCGCAAUGCCAGAGGAGUACCAGGCAGAUCAGCAGCUCUCUUUGCAACAUCAUCCACUAGGUUCUACUCACUCAAACACUUCGAUCGUCUCUUGGCCUGAACUCAAACAGGUCAACUCAGCCCAUCUACUUCCCUCCUCUUCACUUUAAGACAAGCUGGCCUCCCUCUUCGUUGAAUCCUCUUCACAUCAAGUCAUCAUGACUGUCCUCAACAUCACUCUGGAAGAGGACGGCUACUAUUAUGUCAACGGAAACCGCCAAGUGCCUUCCGUCUCCUUAUAUAUGCCUGCAGGGGCCACCAAACUCCGCAGAAUGCUGCGGGAGACCGACGACCUGAUCGUCUGCCCGGGCGUGUAUGACGGCCUGUCCGCGCGCGUCGCCAUGCAGUUGGGGUUCAAGGCCCUGUAUAUGACUGGCGCGGGAACAACCGCCUCCCGACUGGGGCAGCCGGAUCUCGGUUUGGCGCAGCUCUACGACAUGAGGACCAACGCCGAGAUGAUCGCCAAUCUCGACCCUUUCGGCCCACCGCUCAUCGCUGACAUGGACACCGGAUACGGAGGUCCCCUAAUGGUCGCCAAAUCGGUGCAGCAGUACAUCCAGGCCGGCGUGGCGGGCUUCCACAUCGAAGACCAGAUCCUGAACAAGCGCUGCGGGCACCUUGCCGGCAAGCGGGUUGUCGGGCUGGAGGAAUACCUGGCGCGCAUCCGCGCAGCCAAGUUCACCAAGGACCGGCUGGGCUCGGACAUUGUGCUGAUCGCGCGCACCGACGCGCUCCAGCAGCACGGCUACGACGAAUGCAUCCGCCGGCUCAAGGCGGCGCGGGACAUUGGCGCCGACGUGGGCUUGCUGGAGGGCUUCACGUCCAAGGAGCUGGCCCGCCAGGCGGUGCAGGACCUGGCGCCGUGGCCGCUGCUGCUGAACAUGGUCGAGAACGGCGCCGGCCCCGUCAUCACCACCGCCGAGGCCAAGGAGAUGGGCUUCCGCAUCAUGAUCUUCUCCUUCGCCUGUCUGGCGCCGGCGUACUUGGGCAUCAAGAACGCCCUGGAGAGGCUGAAGGUGGAAGGCCGCACGGGCAUACCCGAUGGGCUCGGGCCAAAGCACUUGUUCGAGGUGUGCGGAUUGAUGGACUCGGUCCGCAUUGAUGCUGAAGCCGGGGGUGAUGCCUUUGCGAAUGGCGUCUGAGGAGUGAAGACCUUUCUGAAGUCAAGGAAUUGUGACUUACAUACGGUAAGCGGUCGCCUUGUGUGCAGCGUUGCAGUGUCGAAUUGUCGAUCAGCAUCUUGCCCUGGCGGCAAGUUUUACUCUGGAGGUACAGUUGGGUCUGUGUUGGGUUAGGGUUCGCUGUGUAUUUAGGCUGCCACGUGGCUGCGUCCGACCACACCCGGCUUGGUGCAGAGGGUUUUACCAAGAUUGGAACAACAUCAACUAUAUGUACAAUUUGAUCAUUGCUUUUUCAUCC